GCACAACAUCACUUCCCCUGCCUCCGGCCUUCUCCCCGGCAUACGGCGCCACUGCGCUCUGCCCCCAGCACUGCCUACCGCCCAUGGCCCCCGCAUACUUACCAGAAUGAGGAGACAGCAGGCCACUGUAUCCACCCACCCCAGUCCUGCCCCCACUCCGGCACACCCCUUUUUAAAGGCACGAGCCACGCUCCCGAACAUGGCGCCAAAACACAGGGCAGCAGCCUACAUCCCACAAGCGCCCUCUAGGCCACAGAGCCCCCAAGCUAUGGACCAUAGCAGUCCACAUUGAAAUAUCAGCACAAGCGGCUCAUCCAGUAUUAAAACGCAACAAAAAUAUAUGAAUGUGGUAUCACAGUAAUCAUACUGCCCCAGAGAAUGAAGAUAACAGAUCAUUUUUUGCUACACGUCUAUAAGGAAGAGAGAUGCAUCAUUUGAAAGUCUAAAAACAUGGCCGACUGUGGUAAAAGGCUGCAAGAAGUCAGGGAUGUGAUAGCGGCUGCUCACAAAGACUGUUCUGUCUUGGAAAAGCUACAGUUUUACGACCAGUGGGCUACACAGUAUGAAGAGGAUGUCUCAGUCUUGGAAUAUAAAGCUCCACGUUUAGCCGCGCUGGCAUUGGCCUCGGUGUAUCCUUUCAAUCGAGAGUCGAAGCUUGUACUGGAUGUAGCAUGUGGUACUGGACGUGCAGCCGAAGAGUUGCAGCGCUGUGGCUUUCAAUUGUUUCAUGGUUUGGAUGGCAGCGCAGGAAUGCUGGAAGUUGCUAAGAAGAAAGACUUGUACCAGGAACUGAAGCAGAGCAUGCUGGGACAGGGACCAUUACCAUGUGACUCUGAAAAGUAUGAUGCAGUAAUUAUAGUUGGAGCACUCAGUGAUGGACAGGUCCCUGUGUUGGUGCUUCCAGAACUGCUUCGUGUCACUAAACCAGGCGGUUUUGUGUGCAUGACCACACGGAGUAACAUCUCUAACUUGCAGUACAAGGCUGAACUUGAAGAAGAAUUGUCUUCUUUACAGUAUAAAGGAUUCUGGGAACAGGUCUUGGUAGAAGAAGUGGAGCAGUGGGAGAAAGCUACAUCAGAAAAGGAGAUCAAUCAAGAGUCUGACUAUAUCCCCGGUGUUAUAUUCAUUUAUAGAAAAAUGUCAGCCCCUUCUAUUGUCAGUUGAUUACAUAUAUUAUUUGGUAUAUUUUGUUCAACUGUCACUCAAUAAAGUUCCUCAGAAUUUUAUAUUAAUAAAUGCCAUAGCUGGACAUACUAUGGGGGUUUUACGCUGGUCUAUAAUAUUCCCUGUUCCAGAGGAUGCACCCAGUUUGGCGCAUACUCAAGCAGUCAGUGCUCCAGAAUGAGCUCCGAGCUGCUGUAGAUUUCUGUAUUCAUUUGCACCAUAAAAACUGGCACAAGAUAAAUGUCCUAGACCCAUCCCCUCCUCGCCCUCACCAUGCUCCCUUUUAGGAAAGUAGCGAGAGCAGUGUAGAAAUGCCACUUACAACAAAGUUUGUGUCUUUGUGGUGUUUAAAAUAACACAAAAACAAUGUUUCCCACUUU